AUGCCGGCGCCCGCGCGUAGUCGCCCGAUCAAGAAGGACUUCUUCUCGCAAACCUUCAAAGGACAAAAACCCGUUCUCUUUAGCGAGAAUGCCCGACCGAGCAGCAUCCCUCCCCACAUCCGCCAUCUUGCCUGGUCCUCGACUGGCGCUGCCUUAGCCACCACCUCUGGCUCAAAAGUCCGCAUCUGGAACCCCGAUCGCCCGAAUGUCAAGAGCAGUCAGGAGUUGGUGGGUCAUGUUGGAAGCGUAGAAAAGCUUGUCUGGAAUCCUGUACGCGAGGGAGAGGUCGCGACAACCGGAAGCGAUGGCACUGUCAAGCUCUGGGAUGUGCGCGUGGGCCCCGGUGCUCACAACAAGGCUGUGCCUGUGAAAGAGAUUGCUUUGGGAGACGGUGGCUUGUUUCUGGCUUGGAGUCCGACUGGCCAACACCUGGUAGCUGGACGCAGGGACGAUGUCAUUGUGCCCAUCGAUGUGCGCAUGGGAGCCAUGGGCAACACCGAGGAUUUGAUCAUGCAAGACGGCCGCAAGCUGGGUAGUGCCCAGACAAAUCAGAUGGCUUUCUCCAACUCUGGUCGCGAGGUUUUUGCUACUACCGGCGAGGGCACUGUCAAGGUCUUGGACUGGCCAAGCAUGACACUCCUCCAUACACUCAAUGCCCACACCAGCGCCGCUUACUCUGUCCAACACAGUCCCAACGGCGACUUUGUGGCCGUCGGCGGCGGCGACUCUCUCGUCACACUAUGGGACACUACCGAUUGGGUCUGCAAACAUACUCUAUCAAACAUGGCUGGCGGCAUCCACUGCUUAUCGUUCAGUUUCGAUGGCACAUACAUCUGCGGUGCUCACGGCAUGGACAAAGAUGGAGACAAGGGCAUUCACGUUGCUUGUGCUCAAACCGGCGAAACUGUGCAUACUAUCGAGACUUCACACAUCGUCAACGUUCUGGCAUGGCACCCGCUUAGAUACUGGCUAGCAUACGCUGGCGAUCUCGGUGGUGUGAGAGUCAUUGGUCUUGGUAGCAAUCUUUGA